UUCUCAUCUCUCUCGUCCUACGGGACAGUUGUCUGAAUCAGAGCGUACGAGAUCUCUGUUUUUAAAUCACGACGUUAAUACGACACGUCGGUGACACCGAUUGAUUGGCCACCGAUUGAGUCCUCUUUACUGUGACAACAAACUAGCUGGCUUAAUCGCGUUAGAUCCGCGGCUUAAAUGGUUAUAUAAACCGUCUCCUCUCAGUGUCUUACCACACAGAAUCCAUAGUCGCAACACUAAAAACCUUCACAAAACCUUUCAGUUUCAGCGAACCAGAGUAUCUUGUUCCAUAAAAGAUUUAUUUGAUCUCGUAUAGUUAUUAUUGUUUGAUCGAGAAUGGCGGAGGAGCACCACAACAAGGGUAGCCAUGAGUACGAGACUGCUGUGGUCGAUCAUGAUCGGAAAGAGGAUGCUGUGGAGAGCAAGGACCGAGGGCUGUUUGCAGAUUUAUUGGGGAAGAAAGAGGAGAAGAAGCCCCAGGAGGAGGUGAUCGUUACUGAUCAGUUUGAAGAGAAAGUUGCAGUGUCUGAAGUACCUGAGCCAAAGGUAGAGAAAGAAGAAUACAAGCUGGAGCAGGAGAAAAAACACGACCUUUUGGAUCAGAAACUCCCCCGAUCUAAGAGCAGUUCUAGCUCUUCUAGCGAUGAGGAGGAAGGCGAAGGAGAAGAAAAGAAGAAGAAAAAGAAGGAAAAGAAGGGGCUGAAAGAUAAGAUAACAGGAUAUAAAAAAGAAGACACUCCGGUCCCGAUUGAGAGGUAUGAAGGAGUAGCAGCAGCGCCUGUUCAUCAUUCAGCAGAGCCAGUCCAAUCGGAGGAAAAGAAGGCCGGUUUCCUCGAUAAAAUUAAGGAAAAAAUUCCAGGCCAGCAGAAGAAGACCGAAGAGGUCCAUCCUCCUCCUCCACCUCAUCAGGCAGAGUAUGCUGAGCUGCCUAGUCCUGAUAGCGAGGGGAAGGAGAAGAAGGGCCUUUUGGAGAAGAUCAAGGAGAAACUGCCUGGACACCACCCCAAGACUCAGGAAGAAAAGGAAAAAGAAUCUGCUGCCCAUUAAGAGAACUGGACUUGAGUUCAGUGAGUUGUGUUCAAUUAAAAUGGUGUAUUGGUACUGUCACCGGCAGUCUAGUGUGUGCGCUUUGUUAUUAUGUUGAUUUACGAUCGGGGUUGGUUCUUUUGCUUUCUGUUUUUGUUUUUUUAAUUAUAUUAAUUUUGGAUCUAUAAUACUUAAGUGUGCUUUAUAUGUACUUAUUAUGUGUAAGUUAUUUCUGAUUUAAUAUUUGUUUUGAUAAAUAAAUUUAUAAGAAAAAGAAAAAGAAAAAUAGUUUGUG